AACGGGUACGGUAUGUGCGGUACACGGCCGAUCGGCGGUGGCUGACUAGCGAGAGCUGGCGAUGGUGAUGAUGCAGCGCGCAAACGAGAUGGCGCGAUGCGGUGGCAGGAGGACACCGGAGCGAUAAUUCGGAUCGUGCAAAAACGAGGGAAAAAAUGUUAAAUUAACUCGCCGUGCGGGCAUGUGCUGGCAGUCGCUGUGCAAGUGUCGUGAAGCAACAUCCUCCCUCAUCCUCCAGCAGCUGCUUCGAACUGCUUUCAAACAAAACGGAGUUCCGCAUCUCUCUCUCUCUCUCUCUGUGUUUGUGUGUACGUAUGUUUUGCGUGCUGUGUGCUUAUUCAAAGAUCUUGUCCAGCACUUGAGAAGACGGACAAAUAUUUGCUCAUUGCUUCUGCUCCACUACCGAAGGGAUUUUACCGCUAAUUAAGCGCCUCGGCUACGCCAAACACGAUCCUUCUGCGCAUAGCCCGGAUCAAGUGUGUCGGUGUGUGAGUGUGUGCGUGUGUACGUGUGUGUGUUACCCAGAAGAGGGCUGGUGGUUCAAGUGUUCAAGUGUUAUUUUCCCUUAACGAGUGCCGCACCAUUCAAGCAGCCCAACACCAAGCCCAAUCGGAAGAGGGUUUCUAGAAAACUCGGACGGACGGACAACAGGUCGCUGGGCAGAAGGCAGCACACCACAGCACAAUUUGCGCGCCCAGAUCUAUUGACCAGUGUCGUACGGCCAGCGUAGUGUAGUGCGUUAUCAGCCGAGUGGGAAACAUAAAAAUCAUAAUGACGUCGCUGGCGGUAAUGGAACUAAACAACAACUGUGGCGGCGAUGAGAACCGGAACGAAGAUUGCGAAAAGUAUCUACGCGAGCUGACGAAAACCUUCACCGGCAUCGACAAACCGCUCAAGAACGCAAGGAAGUGCGAAACGUUGACCGAUUUGAUCGGCGAGCUACGCAAAACGUUCGACUCGGACCACGUCAACAUCGAGUACGUGAACCAUCUGAUGCUGAGCUACCAGUCGAACCCGGCCGAGUGGCGCAAGUUUGCCAAAUUCGACCGAUACCGCUACACCCGAAAUCUGGUAGAUGCCGGUAAUGGCAAGUACAACCUGAUGAUUCUCUGCUGGAACGAAGGGCACGCAUCGGCCAUCCACGAUCAUGCUGAUUCGCAUUGCUUCAUGAAGAUGCUCAAGGGCCAGCUGAUGGAGACGCGCUAUGCUUGGCCGAAGGAUGCGACGGUCACGGAGGAGAAGGCGGACAUUGGUAGCGGUCAGCCGGCGGGCGAAGAGGUGGAAUACAAUGGGGACGAGCUGGAGGAGCUUUCGCGCAGCACGCUGGAAACGAAUGGCGUGUGCUACAUUAACGAUACGCUCGGGCUGCACCGGGUCGAAAAUCCGAGCCAUACCGAUGUGGCCGUCUCGCUGCACCUGUACUGCCCCCCGUUCGAUGUGUGCUCCAUCUUUAACAAACAAAAUGGCAAGCGCACCAAGUGUAAGGUCACCUUCUGGAGCAAGUUCGGCAAACGGGAAUCCUCUAAUGUGAACUAGGACUUGAUAGCUGGCAGUCGGCAGAUGUAUCGAGACUGACGUUUGCAAGUGAUAGUAAUG